ACGGACGGAGUGGAUGCUCGGGCCAGACAUCACUUUCACAAAUGAAUUUAUAGCCCUCGUCCUGGCAGAGGGAGGAGGAGCCCGUGUAAAGGGGGGUUGGAUGUCAUCUGUUUUUUUUUCCAUUUCAGGGAGUGGCUUUCUAUGUUGCAAUGAACAAAGCCAGGAAGUAGCGGAUGAAUUUUUUUUUAUUUUUUACAUGGAGCGCUGCCUGCCGGGAUCUCAUCAGGAGCAAAAACGUUCAUUUCUCCUGUUGCUGGAAUGUAAACUGACACCGCACACUGGGAAAGCUAUACUUAGCUCUGUAUGCGACUCGUACUUUUUACCGUAAAAGGAUGUUUAACCACAGCAGUCGGACGUUAAUUAAAUGCUGUGUCUUUUCACUUUCACUUGUCGCUUUGUCCACUUUCAUCGUUAGUUUCUUUCUAAUUCAGAGGCAACGCGGAACUACCAACCAAAGUCCACAUCCGAUUGCACAAGAGUAUUACAAGUUUAUCUCUCCAUCAACAUACAGGUAUGUACUGAACCAGCCAGAAAAGUGCAGAGGAAAAAAGCCUUUCCUAGUGCUCAUGGUCCCAGUGGCCCCAGGUGACCGUUCCUCCAGGGACGCCAUCAGGGCAACUUGGGGUCAGGAGGGCUUGAUACCAGACGUGGUCGUCACCAGGAUCUUCUUUGUGGGUCUGGCCACCGGCGAGCAGGGCCCACGUGUCCAAAAAGAACUGGAGCGGGAAAGCCAGGAGCACGGCGACAUUGUCCAGAUGAAUUUCCUGGACAGUUACCGCAACCUGACCAUCAAGACCAUGAUGAUGAUGAACUGGCUGGCCUCCAGCUGCCAGGGCGCCUCUUACGCGAUGAAGAUUGACGCUGACAUCUUCCUCAACGUGCGCUACCUGGUCGACCACUUCCUGGGUCCCCCCACCAGCGCCCCCGUCCGGCAGGGGUACAUCACCGGGUCAGUCAUCAGCGAUGGCCACCCACGGAGGGACAAGAAAAGCAAGUGGUACGUCUCGGAGGAGGUUUACCCCGAACCGUCCUAUCCUCCUUACGUCUCUGGGGCGGGGUAUGUCUUCUCCACUGACCUGGCAGCAAGGAUUUCAUGGGCGUCUAGAUUUGUGAGGCCCUUUCCCAUGGAGGACGUCUACGUGGGUCUAUGCCUGCGGGUGCUGGGUGUGCGGCCGGCGUACUCCUACAGCCUGCCGUACAUGCGAAACUUGUUUGAGAUCCGUCGCUUGGAAUACGACAGGUGCUUGUUCUACCGCCUGGUCAUCGCGACCGGAUUUAAACCACGUGAGCUGCUCCGCAUUUGGCAUGACUUUCAGAAAUCCUCCUUCACGUGCUGACCCCUGCGUCUCCACUGAGGGCAUUCUGGGAAUUUUCUGAUUCAAUGAGCUCGUGAACAAAUAAUAUUGUGCUGCUACCUCACAGUUCUCUAGUGUAUGUAUGAAAUUCAAAAGCAAAAAAUAACUAACUGAAUAAAAUGAUUGUUAAACAAAAAUAGUUCUGCCAAGCCUUCAUCGGGACAAUGAUCUAUGCUCCCGAGUCUUUCUCACCUGAUAUGUAAUAUUAGGGCUGGGCGAUAUAUAUCUCAAAUAAUAUCUCAAUACUUGCAAGCUUUUUGGCGAUAUACGAUACAUAUCUCGAUAUUAAUGCAUUCUCUGAAAUAGCUUAACAGUUACAUUCAAUCAGAAUCACAUACUUCAUGUAAACCAUAUAUUUAGUGUAAUCAGAUGUUCACCAAUUGUGCAUAACCUCUUUUAGAAGCUUACUCAAUAAGACAAUAACAGUGCUCAGAUAAAUCUACAGCAUGCUUGCACUAAAUAUUUUUCCAAAAAAUAAAUUUUUAAAUGUAAAAAGAAAUCUAAUAAAAGUACCUGUGUGCAAAACAAGUCACUUCAAAUGCAACAUAGAAAACUAAUGCAUGCCAAAUGAAAAUAAAUUGUUGAAAAGGUAAACACAAAUUCUCCCCUGUACACAAUAUUUUUUUCAAUAGAUCCAAAAAAUUGAGUGGGGUCUGUGGGACAAUGACGGAAAUAGUGCAUACCGAAUGAGCAUGACGCACUUACAAAACAGUGCAAAUUAACAGAAAAAAUAGCUGCUUUAAGCACAAAGUAAUUUUUCCAAGUAUGUUUUAUGUUGGUGUGUAUGGGUUCUGACUCCUGUGUAAGGCAAACUCUCAGCAACUUAGCUGCUCUUAGAAGUUUUUGGCCAGAACACAAUCCAGUUUCUGGUUUGAGUUAGCCUAUGCUUUGUGGAAUGACAGAAUGUUGCUACUGGAACUAAAUGCUCUCCGAGAGAGAACGAAAAGCUGACAGGGCUCGUUCAGAAACCAGAGUUAACCUUAAUACUGCUUUUCCUCGACAGCAACAGCUAUCAAAACACGGAGACACGAAAAAUCAAAAGGAAAAAAACGCUAUAAAAACGGAUAGAAAAUAUAUAACGAAGGUGAGUGGGUGGGGUUGAGGACGGAGGGCACUUUGAUUGUAAACACAGCAAAACUAAAAAUGCUACAGUAAAUAAGACAUCCCCAGGAGAAAUAGUUAUGUUUAUUAAAGAUAGGCUACUUAGGGAAAUACUUUAAACCCGUUUUAAAAUGCUAGCAGCACAUGGGCUAUUUAACAGUAAUACAAAUUAACACGACAAGCAACGUGGGCCUAAUUGUGAUGUUAACAAAUAGUUCAUAAAAUAAAAUGAAAAUAAUGUGCCAGGAUUGUUUGGGCAGCCCGCUGGUGGACUGCGCGAACGUUUUUACUGUUAACUGACAUGCUGCGACUGCCACGCUUUGGUACCCCCACUUGUACGUUCCACUUCUGGUAGAAUUCUAGAAUGCUAUCUCAUUGCUGCCGUCCUCCAUGUCUGCCAAACAGAUACAUACUACAUGCGCCGUGCCGGUUCCGUAUUCGACUAGACGGGUCUUCAAGAAACUAAUUUGGCCGCACAAAUUAUAAGCACGCGAUCGAUGUCUCAUCAUUUUGUAUCCUCUACAAAAUCAUAAAAUAUUAUUGUAAUAUUCGAUAUAUCGCCCAGCCCUCUGUAAUAGCAAUAAUUUCACAUUUAUAAUACUUUUAUUGGUAUUUGUUGAAUGUCUGUGUCUUUUAUCCUACUUGAUGAAUUAAUGCACAUUACUUGAAUAAUGUGUUGUCUAAUGUAAGAGGCCCAUCAAUAAGUUUGUCAUGACUGAAUUUUUACCAUUGCUAUUGACUGCCCGAAAAUCUGAUGAUCGAAAUACUAUUGUGUAAAACGAAGACAUUCAGCUUAUGUCUCUUUACCGUUUUGGAGUGGCUCCCUUUUUAGGCAGCAUCCAUAGUCAAUCUUUCCUUUUUUUACACAUCUUUUGAGUCGCGUCAGUAAUCUAUUUACAGUGGUAGCAUCAGUGCCUUAAAGUGAUAGCAUCACUUUAAACAAGACCUGGCCAGAACCAAGUAUACCUGGACCUCUCCGGCUAACCAAUGGUGUAACUUCAUAACUCAGCCGACCAAUGAUGUAACUUCAUCACUUCAGUCACAGACAUUCGCAUUUGUAGGGCUGGCCCCGCUGUUGCGGUCCAGCCCAAAAAUAAAUCUGAAGUGAGUAGCUACAGUGCCAUGAAAAAUAUCUGCCCUCUUCCUGAUUCCUAUAUUAUUGUAUAUUUGUUUGCUGAAUUACUUUAGACAAAAUGUACUUUAGACAAAGGGAACCUAAGAAAAAGCGAAACAUAUUUCUUAAAUUAUUACUGGAAAAAAAAAAAAAAACACAGGGUAAAAUUACAUUGCUCUGGAAUAUAACUUGUUUGAAUUACGUGAGCUAGGAUAGCCGAUGUUGAUUGUUGUAACUUUCCCUCAUUUUGUAGGCCUACCAGUACUUUUAACGGCAGGCCUCGAUUUUGCGAGUUUCAUGAUUUGUAGACAGUGCUUUGUAUGAGUGAGAAACUUGCCAUUUUUCUGUGCUUUAAAAUGUAUUUCUGUUGAGAUAUCAUUUAUUUUUGUAUUGUUUGUUAAAAAUAAUGCAUAUAAUAAGAUAACUGAAUGUAGAGGGUUGUUAAAGCCAUUCGCUAGCUUGCAGAGCGAGCGUAAGGUGAUCAAGAUGGCACUGAAAUUAACCCCCAAAAUCUGUGUUGCAAUUCAGUCCAGUAGGUAGGCCAUAGUGAUACUGGCUUUCACUACCCAAGCCUAUUCAUAACUCAGACGGCUACAUGACUGCGAGGUUGACCCUAAACCCUAGGGCUACUUUUGCAGGCUUUGCCCAGCCACGGGACUUGUUCUGCAGGCCUGCAGCUGGACACUAUUGGAGUCCAUUUUUCAUGCACUGCAGUCAAAAUUAUCAAGCAUACAGGUACGAUAAAUGAACCAAUUUGAACGUUUAUGACCAUUUAUGUAACUGUUUAUAACCUUAUUUCCUUAUCAAUAUUAAUAUUCAAAUUAUUAAAGAAUGUUUGAUACAUAUGUUUAGUAAAAGCCACAAAGCUAUGCAUUUCAUGACGACAGAUUUAUUGAUUGUCUUAAAGGGACAGCGGUCCCUGUUUAAAGCUGUGGCUUUAACAACUUUUUAAUGAGUCAGCUGUAGCUACAUUACAAAUGGCAUGUUUAAAUUAAUGUUAGCUAGGCCUAUAGAUCAUCUUCCGACAUAAACUCAGUACGUCUAUCAUGCAUACAAUAACCAAUUAAAAACACUUGGCGUAAUCUAUUUAUGCCGUAAUCUAUAAAUGUGACAGUCCCGAGUGUACGAUCUGUACUGCACGUGAGGGCAAAAUCUCCCCCCACCCCCCAUUAUUACCAUAGAGCAUGCAUACAGUAGGAACUGGACUCUUUUUGUGACCAUAAAUUUCAUUAUGUGCAGCAGUUUAUGAAACAAUAAUGUUUUGGAUGAGAAGUUUUGGGAAAAUAUUUAUAAUGUUUAAUGUUUAAUAUAUAUAUUUUAUUACAUAAUGCAUAUUUUUCAAUCUGCUUUUCACAUGAAACAUAACGGUUGUAAAUCGAGUUUCAAAAUACCAUCAAGGACAUUUUAAUUUGCUUUCAAAAAUCUGAUAUUCCCCAUUCACUUUAAUGGGAGCUCCAAUUUUUUGCCCUCACAUGCUGUACAGAUCGUACCUUUAGGACUUUCCUGUCUAGUUAAAUAUGCAUGUCUAUGAUUAUUACCCCCUGAAGUUAACAUGUGUCUUCACCGUUACAGGCAGUGAGUGGAAACUGCUAGCUGGUUUAUUGGAGUUAACUUUUAACUGUAGUUAAUGUUACUGGCUAGCAAACUAUUGUUCAGUUGUUUUAGUUUUAAUUAUAAGUUAACAGCACAGAAGGUUGCUAGCUAGUGUACUGCUGUGAUGAAACAGCCAGGUAGCCAUCCAUCUAAUAGUAUUUUAUUGAUGCCACAUGCCCAUGCUGACUAGCUAGCUACACUUCAGGAACAUUAGUUUCAUUUUUCAUUUUAACUGAACUGAGCGGAAGUUAGCUCACUAGCUAUCCAUUCAACUGAUUUAAUGAAGCUGUGUGGCUAAAUUGUCCCUCACUGAACUGGUUUUGUAGAACAGAAAAUGUUUCUGUUUCUCUAGGUAAUUUUGCGUCAUCAUCAGCAAUGAUAAAAUGUGGUGUUCCUCAGGGAUCUGUCGUUGGGCUAAUUCUGUUUUCUAUAUACGUGUUACCACUUGUAAAAAGCAUAUCCUAUCACUUUUUUUGCUGAUGAUUCUCAGUUACAUCUGAGAAACCUAAUUAAUUAAGCAAAUUAACUCUUUUGCAUAACUGUUUGACUGAUGUUCCAUGCUGGAUGUCUCAAAACGUCCUCAAGCUCAACACCGAUAAAACUGAAGUGCUGGAUCAAAGCAUGUCUGAACAAAUUAAGGUAAAUGUUAUUUCUCUUGCUUGUAAUGUGAAAUCUGUUUUCAGAAAUCUUGGUGUGACCUCAGUCUUCACCUGCAUAUAAACAAGCUAAUUCAGGCAUGUUUCUACCAAUUAAGAAAUAUAUCCAAAAUUAGAUCAAUCUUAUCAUUUGAGGAUACUGAUAAAGUCAUACAUGCUUUUGUAUCAUCACGUUUGGAUUAUUGUAGUUCCUUAUAUACUGUACCUGUUUAAGCCAUCAAGUAGCACGGCUCCAAAUGGUCCAAAGUUAACAAGAACAAAUCAAAGAUAAUAUGUUACUCCAAUUUUAGCUUACUUGCACAGGUUUAUUUAAAAAUGUUAUUAAUUAUUUUUAAUGCUUUGCAUGGUUUAAGCCUGAAGACAAAGGGAGAUUGUGCUUUUUGAGUUACAGCCCCUAGGCUCUGGAACAAUCUCCCCCAGGCCAUUAGAACAGCUGAGUCACUGUCAUGAAGAUACAUUUUUGUAAGUUAGCUUUUAAUGUCUUUUAAUGUAUUCUCUGUACAAAAUAUACAUAUAUGUAUAUAUUUGCUUUAGAUUGUUAAUUUAUUUUGUUUUUUGUCUCCUUUGUCACUAACUGCAUAUUGAAAUUGCUUUAUUAUUUAUAUAUUGCCUGAACUUUUCAUGGUCUUUAUUUUGGAUGUUUUGCUGAUUGCUUGUAAAAGAACCUUGUGCUUUUUGUUUGAAAGGUGCUAUUUAAAUAAUAAACAAAAUGUUUUGGUUAACAGUAGUCUAAUGGUCACAAAUUCAGUCCAAGGUUUUUGGCCUAUCUUGUAGUCAUGUAGCUAUCUGAGUCAUGAAACAAUAUUCUGUGGGGUUUGCAUGUACAAUGAUAGAGAAUAAGGUUGCAAGCCAGCCAGCUUCCACACAAAAUGGGGAGAAUGAUUGAUUGUGUUACUGGAGUAUUUGUGAUGAUGUAAUACACAGGACAAAGAAGAAGAAGACGAAGAAGAAAAUGUAUAAUGACCCAAGUGUGUGGCUUUGUUGUGUGUGCAUGUGAAGUUCUACUUCGGAACACGUGAAGUCUGUCUGUUUACAUAAGGUCAGAAGGUACAAAAGUUAAUGUUCUUAAGGGCUGAGAAUGUGAGGUCUUUGUGGUAAUUUCUGUAGGAAACCCUGAAAAUGCCAAACUUGGUGCUGUAUAGGUAUGGGGCAUGCUGCCCACUAACUUGGUAUACCCAAUUUCUGAGGAAUUCACAUCUAAAAUUUAGUGUUGUUACACUAUGUAAUACCACAAUAAAACAUAUCAUAUCAAUAUCAGCCUAUUUACUUUAGGGGUUGCAGCAUAGCUUGCUGACCGAAUAGGUUUAAACCUGUUCUCACAGCCUAACAUUAAUCAACAUAUUGGCGAGCAAUGUACUGAAAUGUUAAAUAACCAAACAGCCUGUUCACCAAGAUAAGCUAGUUAACCAAAUAGCUAACUAAACAAUCAUUUUAAUAACUAUUCUCGGCUGAUUUCUCCAGUUUUGAAAACUAUUCGUCAGUUUUUUUUUUUGAAGGCAAAUCUUAAUGCUAGAGCAUAAAAUUUCAUUCUAGACAAUUCUGUGGUUCCCCAACAGUUUGAUUAGAUUAGAUUAGAUUACACUUUAUUGUCACAUUUCUCUGAAAUUUGUCUUGCGUCACAAGCCGUACUUCUCACAUACAGAGGUACAGACGUACUGUACAUUGAUACAAUAAAAUAAGACAAACAAUACUAACAGUUUUAGCUCAUUUCAUUAAUAAUACGUCAUUAUAAAAUGUACACAGGUGCCCAUCAAAAUUGCAUCGGCCCACAUUUCACCUGCCCAUAGCCCAUUAUACACAAUUACAUGGCAUUUCCCCAACAAAAUACACUUUCCCAUGGCCUAUCCUGAGCCCAUGUUUUUGUUUAGUAGCUUGAUAGACUUGAGUUGAAUGAGUUCCACAGAAUGUUAAGUCUAACCUGUAGGACCUUAUAGUUUCUGUUAGAUGGCAUAAGAUGAAACGUGAAAGGUCAGAUGAAAUACCACCAGCUGACUUAACAUUUGUUUUAUGUAUGCAGCUUGAAAUAUAAAUGUUUGACGUACAGUCUUUUAGCAUACUUGCAAACAAUGGGACAAUAUACUCUGGACAAUAUACGUUUAAGCUGUACAGAAAGACAGCUGUACCAAACAGUGAACCCAUAUCGCAUGAUACUCUAUAU